AGGGUCAGAAUGUUGAAAGAUGAAUGGUGGUGAAAUGUUCAAUACAGUUACACCUAUGAUGGAGAACAUAACCGAGACUUCAGGCCAGCUAUUCACAUGGAAACCCCUCCUAGAAGUGGACUUCACCAUGGGGGUCCUCCUCUUAGCCUGCUUCUCCUGUGGACUCUUCGGCAACUGCAUAGCAUUCAAGUACUUCUCAACACAACGCCGAGACCUCUCCAACAUAAUUUACAUAAUGAUCGUCGCAGUUGACAUCAUCAACUCUGUCCUGAUGUUUUCACCGGGAGUGUCCUAUUUUAAGGAACGUUCCCCCUUCCUCCUAACCUACCGCUGGAUCUGCAACUCUUGGGGGGUGGCCUUCCACGUCAGUUCCAGGCUGAGUGUUUUCUUGGUGGCGACUCUGAGCAUCUCCAGGACAAUUAGCCUGACUUUUCCUUUUAAACAAGUUAAGAGAAAACACGUGUUGAUACCCACGGGGGUGUACUUGUUUACACUUAUCAUACCGGCCCUGUUUCCAUUCUACUACGGGAAGGAGUACAUGUACGACGAGUGGACGGUACUGUGUCUCUGGGAAUCCUUCGCUAGCGACGUGAACCCCAAAAGCGUAAUGUUCGUUAUAAUAUAUGUGUGCAUCAUCCAACUACCCCUCCUCCUUCCCUUCUUUCCUAUAGCUUUCAGCUGUUUGGUCUCCUUCUACCAGCUGAGAAAGAAGAGUCCUUUCAGUGGAGACGGAAUCACUCAACUGAAGAAGAGAUACGCCUCCCAAACGAUCGUCUUGGUUACGAUCAUCUACAUUACCCUAAACUUUCCCGUGUGCAUCUUCAUCCUGCUGGAGGUAAUCCAGGUGAUCAUGUUCCAGUUUGGGUACCCCUACGGGUUCAUCCUGGGUACCAACAUGAACAUACAGAUCUAUCUGAGACUUCUGCUGGCCGUGUACUGCGUGGGAAUCAACGCGGCGGUCAACCCGAUAGUCUACUUGUAUCGGUUCAAGGGCUUUAAAAAGUACUCAAACAGCUUGUCCAACCGAGUGAGGGAUAAGAUAAAGUAUCGGAGGGUAAAUAAGAACUGUGGAGAUAUGUCCGCUAUUCCACUGGGAAUCAGGCAAGUGAGCACCACGCCUUUCAGCUUCAGUGGCAAUCAUAUUUAUGAGCUUCAGCCAUCCAAGUGGUGCUCGGAACAGACAAAAAUUGACGAUGAUAAUUCUUACAGUGAGCUUUGAGUGGCUCAUGUGGUGCAGUGUGAACCCUGGAUACUUAUAGGACAAAUAAUGAUAUUAUCUAGGUACAAGGUACUGUAACAGUGUAACAGUUGUGGCCUAGUGGCUGGUAGGAUUAUUUAAAGAGUGGUUGUGGCCCUAAUUUAUAGUUAUCUGAGCUAUUGGAGAUUGGUGAGGGUUGAUAGAUUUUAUACGUUUAAAUGUUUAAAAAGACUGCAAAACUGAUUUGAUAAUAAAAUAUUGAUAUAUUGACCCUUAAAUUUA